GAACCCCAGUAUUGCGACCUCUCUGAGGCCAAGACUAACAGAUAUAGACAUACACAUUCUGGGCAAUCUGAACAGGGGAAAGGCUUGAAGCGACACUCAUACACUGUUUGGGAAAUUCUACGAAAUCCUUCCAAUACUGAUACAGGUAUUCCUAUCUCAAGUGACCACAAACAAAUAGAAACAGAGGGGAAAAACUAAACCUUUGGUGUCUCUUCAAAAUGUGCAUCUGGAUGGUUGGAGUUCUGUGUGUCCUGAUGUGUUUGGGAAAUCAUCAGGCUCAAGAAGCCAACCCAGCCAUCUCCAUGCCGGACAGAAUCAGAGUGGCUCUGGCAGGAGAAACGGUCCAUUACAAACUCAAAGUGACCAUCCCAAUGAAUCAGAGCUCCAGCAACUUAGUCUGCUCUGGGCCUCCAGAACAAAAGAAGAUAAAAGAAUGGAGUAUUCUCUUUUCUCCUGAAACAAAAACAAGAACAUUUAAUUUGGAAAUAACAGCAUAUAACAGUUCUUACUCAGGAGAGUAUAACUGCAAGUAUAAAAAUGUGGAGAUCUUCUGGACCCUUCUGGUGAAAGACGAGGGGUACCGGCAGCUUUACUCUGGUCUCAGCCUUUUCAUCGUGUUGGGGGCUCUUACCACAGGCAUCCUCAUCUUCAGUGUGAUCGGCUCCAUAUAUGUGUUCAAAAGCCAAUGGAAUGGAAGUACCGGUAGUGGAGAAAGUGGAAGGAAUAGAGGGGAGAAUGAAGAGGAGGAGGAGAACGGUAACACAUCAGUGAAUGCAGCUGCCUCUGCUCCAGUUUACGCUAGUCUAGAGUCUCGGCCAGCAUCUGUCUAUGAGGUCUUGACCCCAGGAGCACCAGCAGCAGCAGUAAAGCGUGAAUCUGUCCAGAAGAAAGGAAACAUAAAGAGAAAGUCAAAGGAAUCGGUGGAGAAUGCAACGCCGCAACGGGAAGGAAUAUUUGAAUGCGUCUAUGAGAAUUUCUGACCUACUGGCAUCUGCACUGUGUUUGGGAAUCUAUAUGCUUCGAUUUUCCUGCCUUUGCAAUAUCUCUUGUUCUUUUACACAGACCUAAAAUCACGUAUGUAUUUUACCCUGCAGCUUCGUGACUUCUGUUGAAAAUAAACUGCUGUGUCUCUGGUUGUUAUCAUCA